AUGGUACUACAACUGCAUGUAUGGGGCCCGGCCUUUGCCCUGCCCUCAAUUGAUGCACAAUGCCUUGCUGCAAUCGCAUACUGCUCCGAGGUCCUCCCUAAGGACUCGUGGGAGCUGAUCGCGAGUAGCGAUCCCUCUGUGUCCCCAACAGGUGAGCUGCCUGCUCUCCAGAAUGGCGCUAUCUGGGUGAGCCGGUUCCGCAAUAUCGUCGACUAUCUCCGCCAAUACUCGGAGGGAGCAUGGAACCUGGAUCAAGACCUCGACGACGUGCAAAGAGCCGAUAGCGUUGCGUACGCACCACCUACCCCUACAAUGGCGGAGACACAAAUGACUAACCCUCAACCCUCCAUUAGCUUCUCCUCCUUCAUCGAAUCCCGCGGCCAGUCCCUCAUCGACCUCUACCUCUACGUAACCAGCCAGAACUACUACAACAACACAUCCCCAGCCUACGGCUCUCUCCUCCAAUGGCCAAACCAAUGGAUCCUCCCACCAAAGCUUCACGGCGCCGCCAAAACCCGCACCGAACACCUCGGCCUAUCCUCGCUAGACCUACAAGCAAUGGAAGACCAGCGCAAACGCGAGCAUUCCGCCGCGGUAGCAUCCGGCCAAAUCCCUAGCAACCUGAUCCAGCAGCCCCGCGACACAGUCUCCAAACUCCUCGGCCGCACAGCACAAACCAACCAGUUCCGCCUGGAAGCCCUAACAGCCGACUUCUUCGAGCCGCUCGAAGCCAUGCUCGCCCGAAGCAAGACCUGUCUACUCCCCGCCGACGACAACAACAACCCCUCCUCGCUGGACUGCGUCGCGCUGGGCUACCUGUCGCUGGCGCUCGUGCCCGAGCUAACCUUCCCCUGGCUGCGCGACGCGAUGCGCGCCAAGGCCCCGCUGCUGGCGGCGUACACGGAGCGCAUGCGCAGCCGCUGUUUCGGCGACGCGCCCGUCGAGCCUAAGCACGCUUUCCAGCCUGUGCCGGCUGCCUUGCCGUGGCGCGCACCGGAGCGCAUCUCCGUCGCGGCUGUCGGAAGUACACUCCUCGGUACGCUGGCGGAUAACACGCCGUUCUUGCGCGAGGUGCGUCAGAAUAGGCGGUUGAAGCAGGCUGUUGAGGCGGAUUCGGAGUUUAGCUCGGUGGAGAAACAGGUCCUGUCUUCGUAUGCGGAUUCCAGUAACAAGGAUAUGUUGCUGUCUGUUGCGACUGCUGUGGCGGGGACGGCUGCUCUCGUUGGAUAUAUGGUGCAUGUUGGAUUGCUUUCUUUCUCGACUGGGGGUGUUGAGGAAGAGGAGGAGUUUGAGCAAGAUGCCGGUGUGCUGCAGAUUGAUCCUGGGUCUGCGGCUGACUUCCUCGGUGCGUUCUAA